GUGACGCGGCGGGGAUUAACUUUGCAUGAAUAAUGUGAGUCGCUGCGAGAGGAGACCUUCUGCUCCCAGGCUCGGGCGAGCGCCCGCGGGCUACCUUCCUAGGCGAAGUCGCGCGACGCAGCCGGCUCGAGCGCUCUGGUUUCAGAUACAUCUUGCUUUCCUGUUCAGUGGCAUCAAAGGCCUUGACUACAGGAAACAGUGCCAUGUGCUUACUCAUCAGACCCAGCUACUCUGUCAGUAUCAGGGCCCAAGUAGAUGCUGAGAGAUCUGCAGUUUCCCUUCCAUCAGCCAACCUGCGUGGGUGCCAAGUUCCACACAUGAUUUAAUGCAUAAGAAGGAAACUUUUUCCCCAUGAAGAUCCAAAAGUGUCUUCCAUGUGUCUUUUCAUUGAAUUCUAAAGAAGCUGAAAAAGUAGGAAAUAUCAGUGAAAAAAAGGAUCCAGAAUGAUUACUAACCUAUGACUCCCAACAGUAUGACAGAAAAUGGCCUUCCAGCCUGGGACAAACCAAAGCGCUGUCCAGACCAAGAGCAGGACUGGAAGCUAGUAGGAAUGUCCGAAGCCUGCCUCCACAGGAAGAGCCAUUCAGACAGGUGCGGCACACUGAAAAAUGAGCAAUCAUCGCCACACCUCAUCCCGGCCACUUGGACAAACUCCAUAUUUCAUCUGGACCAUGAUGAUGUAAAUGAUCAGAGCAUCUCUAGUGCUCAGACCUUCCAAACAGAAGAGAAGAAAUGUAAAGGGUACAUCCCCAGCUAUUUGGACAAGGAUGAGCUCUGCGUAGUGUGUGGUGACAAAGCCACUGGUUACCACUAUCGCUGUAUCACAUGUGAAGGCUGCAAGGGUUUCUUUAGAAGAACCAUUCAGAAAAAUCUCCAUCCAUCCUAUUCCUGUAAAUAUGAAGGAAAAUGUGUCAUAGACAAAGUCACACGAAAUCAGUGCCAGGAAUGUCGCUUCAAGAAAUGUAUCUAUGUUGGCAUGGCAACAGAUUUGGUGCUGGAUGACAGCAAGAGGCUGGCCAAGAGGAAGCUGAUUGAGGAGAACCGAGAAAAGAGGCGACGGGAAGAGCUGCAGAAAUCCAUAGGGCACAAGCCAGAGCCCACGGAUGAGGAGUGGGAGCUCAUCAAAACGGUCACUGAAGCUCACGUGGCCACCAAUGCCCAGGGCAGCCAUUGGAAGCAAAAACGGAAAUUCCUGCCAGAAGAUAUUGGACAAGCACCAAUAGUCAAUGCCCCGGAAGGUGGUAAGGUUGACUUGGAAGCCUUCAGCCAUUUUACAAAAAUCAUCACACCAGCAAUCACCAGAGUGGUGGAUUUUGCCAAAAAGUUGCCUAUGUUUUGCGAGCUGCCAUGUGAAGACCAGAUAAUCCUCCUCAAAGGCUGCUGCAUGGAGAUCAUGUCCCUUCGAGCUGCUGUGCGCUAUGACCCAGAAAGUGAGACUUUAACCUUGAAUGGGGAAAUGGCAGUGACACGGGGCCAACUGAAAAAUGGGGGUCUUGGGGUUGUGUCAGAUGCCAUCUUUGACCUGGGCAUGUCUCUGUCGUCUUUCAACCUGGAUGACACAGAAGUAGCCCUGCUUCAGGCUGUCCUGCUCAUGUCUUCAGAUCGCCCAGGGCUUGCUUGUGUUGAGAGAAUAGAGAAAUACCAAGAUAGUUUCCUGCUGGCUUUUGAACACUAUAUCAAUUACCGAAAACAUCACGUGACACACUUUUGGCCAAAACUCCUGAUGAAGGUGACAGAUCUGAGGAUGAUCGGAGCCUGCCAUGCCAGCCGCUUCCUGCACAUGAAGGUGGAAUGCCCCACAGAACUGUUCCCCCCAUUGUUCUUGGAAGUAUUCGAGGAUUAGACUGACUGGAUUCAUUCUCAUAAUUCCAACAGCACUACUGGGUGUCAUUUCAUUCCAUUGCCUAGCUCUUUUGUGUUUGUUUCUUUGUCUCUGUGUUGGGAAGGCUCAUUUGGGGGGUAAAAGGAGGUAUCUUUGGCAAAGACAUGGAUGAAAUUGCCCCUUGAAUGCGGGUACUUGUAACUAUUGCAUUUUGUUCCCCAAUUCUUUGAUGUGAAUGCCUUGAAGGCUUUACAGUUGUGGAGGUGGGGUGAGAGUUAAUCAUUACUUCACCAGCAUCAAGCCAUCACCAGCUCCCACCUGUCCCUGGUCAAGACUUGAGCAAGCCAAAUGGCACACAAAAGACUAAGGAAGCCUUAAAGCCAAGAUGAUACAGUCAUCUUGAACCAAUAUGAUUUUUUCAGGGCGCAAGUUAGCAGAAUACUUUGCACCUUUGGCUAAUGCAAUUUUCAGCAUUUUGGGGAAAGAUCUGAACAAAUUUUCAUCUAUUCAUCUGUUCUUAGCCCUUGUUCUUGCCUAGCAGGUUCACUUGGAAUGGGAAGAAAAAAUCAUGUGCUAAGAAAUCAGCUAGCCAUUCAAUAUCAUUUUGUGACCUUUUGAUUUAAUUUUAGUGAUACAAGGGUAUGACUCAAAGAUGUGCAGCUACCUGCCUGAUUGAGGCCACAAGAAAAAUAAUUUUCUUGAGUCACCACAAAGAGAUUAGAAAGAUUCACCAAUGUUAGUGACUCUGCAGUUUCCAAAAAUUCAUGUAGCACAACUGUGAGGUAAAAAGGCUUCUUUACAAUUUUGGCUCGCAGAAGUGUUCCCACAGAAAUCAAACCUAUUUACAGGGUGUCAUCACUUUUCAAUGGCAUCUGAUCUGUCAUCUCCAAGCUCCUGAAGUUAUUUCUCCUGGCUGCAUCUUUGCUGAGCUGACAACAGAUUUCCUUUGGAUGGUAUCUUCUAAUCAAGGAGAGGAAAGCUGAAAUUUGAGUUUUAUUGGGAGGAAUUCUGGUGCAAGAUUAGUGCAUUUUCAUUCUGAAUUGAAACCCAGUAUUUGUGUACUGAUUGCUUAAGGCUGCUUUCUUCUGGUCUUAGAGCCUCAAGCUCUUUGCUUUGCUCACACAUAUUUUCUAGUUCCCCUUCCUCUGACUCUGAGGUUCCACACAGCUCGAUGCUCUCUAACCAUCAUCAGCCCCACGCUGCUCCUCCAGUCCCUUCCAUAGCUUUCCCCUGACAGACACUCAGCAGAAAACUCCUGAAGAAUGCUUGAGAGAACGCGCUCUCACCUUCCCUGCCCAACCUGCCACUCUACCACCCCACCAAUCAACAUGGAGGAACUGUCCCAAAAAAAUGAGGUGAUGCCUCAUCACUUCAGCUUCAGAAAAUGGGCCAAGAGUGUGCCCAUGCAAUUGAAUGUACCUCAUUCCUCACUGGCAUAGUAGAUGUAAACUAUUCGUUUGCCUGCCUUUUACUGCCUUAUCAUAGAAAUAUUGGGGAAUAUAAGCCAUAUCACUGGGAUUUACCUGAAAGCGAAGGAAUGAAAGUCACUGUGAAAACCAAGUUGACUAAUUUCAUUUUAGGUUUGUGAAGCAUAACUGGCCUAGAAGUCAGGCCACUUGACUUCCAGUGUGUACUCUGCUGGCUGGUAGAUUCAGGACUUUGGGUCUUGGUUUUCUUCUCUGUUGAGCAAAUCAAGACUCCAAAAUCCAUCUCACCCUCAACACUGUAUAAAUUGGGGGGAGGGGGCUGGUUCUUUUGGGUGGUUUCUUUCAUAUUCAAACUUCUAGCUUACUUACAAAGAGUACAAUCCAGUAAGAGUUAAGAAAUGUAUAUUUGAUACCAAUUCAAGAUAAGACUUUGAUGUAAUACUAGUCAACUAGAGGAAGCAGUGUGCCCUUGGGAGAAGGAAGGGAACAGUACUGAAAAUACCAAAAAUGAUUGGAAAUAAUUGGGGUGAGAGGUGAUGUUCUAAAGCUUCUGGGAAAAGAAAACAAGAAUAUCUCUAUGGAACAUGUUAAUGAGAGACAGGAAAUGGAUGAAAAGAAACAUAUAAUCAUGAAAUUCCUAAGCAUAUUACCUACUUGGCUCUGUCUCCAGAUAGCUGUUCUGGGUUUCCUCCUCUCCACGCAGCCUCCAGCCAGUAUCCUUACUGACUGACUGACUUAUUCUGAUACCACCUUGGCCCCUCUCUUGGCUCACCUUGGGGAGCGCUCUCUGAAAGAACACUCAGCCAUCUCUAGCUCAAGGUGUUUUCCAUCUGGGCAAGUUUUUCUUCCUAAAGGAAUGAAUGGAAGACAAGCAAGUGUGGCACUGGACAGGCUCACAGAUGCUGAGGUCAAGGUUAGAAUGCUUUGGGGGAGUGACCGUAACUGGGCAUUGGCCAAAUGGUGACAUAUCCGUAGCAUCCCCAGGCAAAGGAAUGUGUGGUCCUCGGCUCUGUAAUAAUUGCCUUGCACAGCCAAAGCACUGUUCUAGAAGUUUGUUGAAAGCUGAACACCUUAUGCUGAUAGAACCAGCCUCAGAGUGCUUCUGGUUCACAGGCAAAGCUUUAGGGUCUCAGAGGAUCGUGCCCCUAGUGAUGUGUGAAACUUCCAGCUGUACUUAGUGCAUCUCAAGACUCCGUCUAGUAAAACUUGAUUGUUAAGGAUUUGGUCCUGAUUUUCUUUUUGACCUUUUUUCUUAAUAUUGUCCAGACGUCCAAAUCGAGUGUGGAUCUCAUAGAAAGAAUCUUCACCCCUCCCUGCGUGUGGGGAGACAUUCCAGUAGAGGAGAAUGCACCCACACUUCUGGGGUUCUCAGUUAUAAAUCUCUGCCUCUUAGGGAUCGGAAGGGGUGGGUGCACACACCAUGUGCUCUUAGGUACCUGUGUAUGCGCGUGUGUAUAAGCCGUCAAGUGUACUUUGCUCUUCAGUUUAGACAUGCAGUCCUUCCAGAAACAGUAAGAACAGUAAGCAAUUUCCUUCUUUAUGAUUCUGCUCAAAACACCACGUGCUGCCUCAGAGCUUCUAGUCCAACGAGCUUCAGUCCUCGGUGACGCAUUUGACGUGUUAAAGCCCAGCCCAGUGAUGCCCCUCACUUGUUCCCCAAGGGACACCACCUCAGCCUGCAGUGCCACCAUCGGGAGGACUGCCAGUCCCUGCUCCGCUCCCGCAACGCCAUUCGCCAUCCUCAUGGUUCCUUGCAAACAGUUGUACAAGCCUCAGUCCUCCAACACUAAGUCCCCCACCCUGACUCAGCCUCCCUGGAAUUGCUGAGCACCCUCAAAGCAUGUCAUUGUCAGUGAUACAUUUUUAUUCUAUGGAACUCUAACCUCUCUGUGUCAUAUUGACCUUUUGCUGCAUGAGUCCUAAAUUAUGAAGUCAGUCUUACGGUUUUUGAAAUGUAGCCAGCGUUUGUAAGGCUAAACCUUUUACAUGAACUUAAUUUAAGUGACUAACCAAAGUCACAGUCCUCCUCAAAAGGAGAAAAAAGACAGACAUUUGAAUCUCUUUGCCCCCUCCAAUGGCCAUGGCAUCAGGUUCUAAAAUAAGCUCGUAAUUUUUCCUAUUAUUUUAAUAAUAUGGAAAUAUUAGCAUAGUGUUUCUUUUGAUAGUGAUAGAUGGUAAUCCAUAUUUAAAUUUUAUAGAGAAAUUUUAUUGUACUGUGAUGUAGAUAUUUAUUAUCCAGGUAAGGAUUUGCCCAGUGUGUAUUUUUUACAAUUGAAAUAUUUUACUUUAAUCUUUAAAAAAAAAAGACAUUAAAACACAAAAAAAUAGACUAGGGAGGAAAAAAAGGUUUGGCCUUAUCACAGAAUUUUUACUGUGCUGUAUAAAUGUUUGCAAAUGCAAAAUGUGUGCAUUUCUAGUGUGUUUCCACAUUAAUUAAUGCCGCCUUCAAGAGCAAUAUCGUGCAGGUAAAACGCUGUUUGUGGCUUUCUGUUGCACAGUUAAAGCUGACCCACCUUAUGCACAAGACAAUCAAAUAUCAAUCUGUCCUCUUCAGGAUGGAGAUAGUCCUCGUGAAAAUUAUGGAGCACAAUGUGAGAUGAAAGUAGACAUUUUACACAUUCAUUGAUAAGUGAUCAGGGCAUGAAUGAGCUGGCAUGAUUUUAUAUCAUUUCUUUCUUUUGAUUCUUCCUUAUGGACUUGGCAUCAUCAAUUUGAUCAGAGCCUAAAAAGUGCUCAUGCUUUCCACAGAGAAAACACUUUUAUUUCUUUUUUACUGUAUGUUUUCAUGCCCUGAGGAUCAGAAAAAUGCUACAGAAAAGAAGAUUUACAGUCAUUGGAAGAUUUAUGUUUUGCAAACAGUGUUAAGUGAUAUUGCUAGAUUGGUAAUAUUUUUUUCAGCCUAAAACUCUGUUGAAAUCUGUGAUCAAAAUGUUUUAAACUAUUCAAAAAGGAAAUUUGUAUAUUUGGGAAAAAUGAAUUUUUACAUAGCUUUUGUAUGCAGAUAUCAAAUUGUAAUUAUGAAUAUAGUGGGCAUAGAUAAACUCAAUAAGCUUAAAUUCUAAAAAAGAAAAAGCUUAUAAUGGAUAUACUUUCCUGUCUCUUUCUUUAAAUAUCAUUACUUUCUAAAUAGUACAAAAUUGCCUGCUCUCGUCACCUUUGUGCUGUAGGGUGAGGCAGGGCAACUUGGUUGUUCUGUUUCAUAAACAUCCACUGGAACAAGCAUAUUUAUGUGGAGGAGGAGGAAAGGAGGGAAAGGUUUCUGAUGGCAACCACUUUGGAAGGGGCUACAGAGAUGAAAGAAGGAGAAAAGAGGUUUUGGAGACUCAAGGAAUAUAGUCAUUUUCUUAUCUCAAAAUAUUCCAUAAUGUUAUUAAUGGAAUUACAUGGACAGUAGCUACCAAAAUUUAUCUCAGUCCCCACUGCAUCAACACAUGUCAGUUAGGACUCUCUGUGUCAAGUGACAAAAAGCUAAGUCAACUGGUUCAAGCAUAAAGGAAGUUUUGCCUUUAAUACCUGGAAAAUCUGAGGAGGUGACACCUCACCCAUGGCCUGAUCUGAAUGUUCAGUAUGUCAAAAAGUACCUCACUUUGCCUUUUACUUCACAAAAACUUCAUGUUCCAAUAGCUUUUCACCUUCCAGGGGCCACCGCUGACUCCAGAAUUAGCACUAGAGCUCCAAAUAUAACAGAAGGACAGUUUCUUUUCCCCGCAAAAUGUCCAAUGAAAACCUCAGGACUGAUUCUCAUGGUAGACUCAAAUUGAGUCAUGUGACCAUUCCUGCAUCAAAAACUAGGGUGAAGAGAAGUGAUGUGCUAAUGAGCUGACUCCUGGAACUAAGUGACUGAAAAGAUGGAUCAUCAACCCCACCUAAAAUAAGGACUGGGAGUUGGAACAGGAAUGAUUCCUCGAAGAAAAUUCUAAGUCUUGCUUCUCUAGUAAGUGGAGGAAUGAUGUUAGGAAGCAAAAGCAACAAGUGGUCACACGGAACGUUAGUCUGAAAGCACAUCCGUAUUAGCAUGGCUGUGGAUACAGAGGAAGUUAAGUAUGAGUUGGCUGGAACAUGGACCAAAUUAACACUAUCCAAAAGAAGCGCUUGAAUACCUUCCCCUUGACUCAUGAAAAAAGUCAUCCCAGUUAAGAUGGAGCAAGCAUUGAUUUCCCUAGACUAGAUCAGAACAGAUUACUAGUUUCUGUAUUUUCCGAGUUCUUCCACUCUCUGUUCAGAAUGCUAAGUACAACUUUUAUAUUUAUGUUUUUUAUAUCAUGUACCUCCCAACUGCACCCAAAUGAACACAUCUACCUUCCCCUUCCCUGCCUCUUAAAUCAGUUAAUUCCUUUUACCUGGAGAGCUCUUUGUAUGUAUUACAGACAAAGCCAGCCCCAACUACUAAUUAUAGGCUACUACUAAUCUAUUGGCUUCAUUUGAUAAUGGAGCUGGUAUCAUGGACAAACUGGACAAUUCCAAUAAUCUAAACUGGAGGACCAUAUUGGUGAGCUCUCUCACCUUCAAGAUGACAGUUUAUCCUAGUUUUUACUCAGGGCCCUUUAGCUUUGUAAAUAAGCAAAAUGUCACAGGUUUCAUCAACAGGCACAAGUUCUGUUCAAAAUAAAACUAGUAUAACUACUAAAAUGUAGGGCGCUACAAAUCUCAAGAUAAUCCACAAGCUACUUGAUGCAAAUGUACCAUGUGAUACCCUUUUAGGACAGAGUUCACUAACGUUAGACAAUAAUGAACUCAUAGAUAAAGUGUAUCUGUAAAAUGUAGUCUGAAGUUAUACAAAAAUAAGAAGACAGUUGUCUUAGUCUCAGUUUUCCUGAGAGCAGAGCCCCAAAGAAGCUGGCAGGAAGGCAAAAGGCAGUGAGGCAUAGGAGGAGAGAGAGAAAAUGUAAGAUGCAGUGCUGAGUCCUCUUUUAUGUUGUUACUGUUUUUGUCUUUUUGAGACAGGGUCUUGCUAUGCAGUUCAGGCUGGCCUUAGGCUCACUUUGUAACCCAGGAUGGUCUCAAGUUUGCAAUGAUCCUCCUGCCUCAGCUUUAUGAAUACUGAAUUACUACUCUUAGUACCAAGCAUAACUGAAUACUCCCUCUCCCAACAGCCCAUAUGAACUAUUGCUUCUCAGCAUAAUCAACCCCAUUAUCAAAGCAGAGACUGACUCUCCUCCACUUCUAGAUCUGGCCACAGAUCAGGCUCAUGAUUCAGAAGUAAAGCAAUCUCCCAAGUGGAACAAGCUGGUUUCUAUUCCUCUAAAUGAGUGGGAGACCAGAUGGCAAUUAGGAGGAGGCCAGCAGCUCUCAGACCUGAUGAGGCAAAUGAAAGUUAGAGAGUCUACAGUAAUCUGAUACAAGUUCUCCCCGUUAUGUGCUCUCAAGUGCCAAAAAGAAUAACACACCUCAACAACAAACCUAUAUUCAUGGAUCAUUCUAUAUAGGGACUUUUAAUUUAAUGCAAAUUGACAAUGUAACUUAAUUGUUCCCCCAGUUACAUUUUCUUGUACAUAUAAACCAAUCAUUCAACUAUACAUCAUCAGUUUUUCUCAUGGGUAGCUCAUUUCAAGGACAAAAUUUUUCUGAGUAGAUGUACUGCAGUAUUAUACAAUAUUGCAAUUUUGUAAAAGGCAAUGGACAUUUUUCAUAAAACUUCAUUUAUCUGGUUUUUCUUUUUAUUUUAAAGGUAGUAAAAUCCCACAACACAAAACGCAACAAAGCCAAUCAAAACAAAGUAGCAAAAUGGGUAGAACUUCCAAGCAGGAUACCAGGAAAACGAUAGCUACCAUAGUGUAUCUUGUUAUCUUUACAAUCAUUGUCCAUUCCAUCAGGUACAGCAAAAUCAAUCCAAAAACAAAACAGAGUAUUGAAUAAAGCAAAACAAUUGAUCAGAGUGAAGCAAAACACUGAGAACAAUAUUGGAUUUCAAAGACAGGACAGAAGGAAAUUCCCCACAUUUACUAUAUUGCAUAUUGUCAUCCUCCCGAGAGGUGUUGACUGCUGGCCCCAGGCCUGCAAAAUCAACCAGACAAUACAAGCAUUGCUAUAUAUACCUUAGUUGCUAUCAACUCAGCCUGUCUGAACCAGUAGGUUGCUUACAGGGAGGGAAGGGGAUUGAUUCUCAGCCCAUGCGCCAGUAGGCCCACUAGAGGCACUGACUUUUGUCUUCCUGAAACCUGGGUGGCUUGUGUGGCUUACCAGAAAGGCUGGCUAGUUGGCUUUUUGUUGGGUCCUCACAGUCCCAGAAUGGCUAAUUCUUGGGAGGCACUGACUUUUCUCCACAAAACUUUAUUUUAUGCAAAGAUAAAAAGUGGCGUAUCUUUCAAGACAAACUGAUAAUGUCCUCUUUGUUUGAACUUUCUUGUACCUAACACUGGAGGCAGUAAAGGAGGCAGAUCCAUAUAGAAUAUACUACCUUCAAGUUAACAAAUCAGAAAAUUCCUGUAGCCAUAAAUAAAUGCAAAGAUAGGAACAAAUACUCCUCAGUUUUAUCCUGAAUGUUAGAAAGAUGCCACAGUUCUCAUUUAUGGCAGAUAUAAAAGUGAAGGUCCAUUCUAACUUUUUCGAUGGGCAGUUUUAGCCCUAAAGAGCUUUUUUUAGGACUUCACUAUCUAAAAUCAAAAGCAGACAAAACUUUUAAGAAAAUGAACAAUAUCAAAAGACAAAGAAUACGAGAUCUCCAAAGAUCAUUCAUUGUUGUUACACUCAGGGUUUACAAGAGAAUAGAUUUAAUAUAGGACAUAUAAUUUAUAAGAUUAUUUCAUAAUAUUCACCCAAAAAGUCAAAUGCAGAAGAGUACAGGAGAUCUUCCCAUGUAUUAAAGACCCAAAGAAUCCAUCUGAGUGCCUGGACCCAUAGCAAUAUCCUGUAUGGGUCCAGCUGAAGACCUAAAACUCAUGGCAAUGUCCUCCACGAGUCCAGCUGGAGGCCUAGAGCCUACAACAAUGUCUCACGCAAGUCUGCUUCAAGGAUCUGCACUGAGAAGGCCCGAAGUUCAAUGGUGGAAGCUAGAAAGUCUGUGCCACUAGGAUGAAGAAUCUGUACCAGCAGGCUGAAGGAUCUGCACUGGAUCUAGGAAGCAAUGCUCAAGGUAAGGAGCAGAGCUCCCACAAAGAGAAUCUCAGCCAUCCUCAGUGACACAGAGGACCCAAGCUCCUUCAAGGAUGAAAGCAACUGAGUUCAUAUCAGGAAAACCAGUAGGGGCCAGGUAUUUAGCUCAGUAGCACAGCACCUGCCUGGCAAGCAUGAGUUCCUAAGUUCAAUUCCCAGUAAGAAAAAAGGGAAAUCAGAGAACCAGUGGGACCAGCUUCUUAGGAGAGUCAACCGCGCAUCAUCUUCCUCUCCACUUCUCUUUUUACAUUAUUGGCAACAGUCCUCAGGUGGGCCUCCCAUAUCCAAAACCACUUUUCUCUCAUCACUGAGACAAAAUACCCAACACCCAAAGUUAAAGGAGGGAAGAUUUAUUUAUCUCAGUUUGUAGAGGUGUCACUCCAUAGUUGGCUGGCUCCAAGGCAGGGUGGCACAUGGCAGAGGGAAAUUGUUCAUGGCCGUAGAAGGCAGCAAAAGCAAGAAGAGAGGAGAGAUAGAGGAGAGAGAAAGAGAAAAGCCUUUUUCCAUCCUUUAUAUUGUAUGCAGGCUAUCUGCCCUAGGCCUGGUGUAGAACUCACAAGCUUAACCCCAACACUGGAACCCUGAAUCAAUCACAAACUCUAGCAGCCCACUCACAUGACUGCAUGAGGUCUUGGGGUGACAUUUAAACAACCCUUAACAAUUGGUAAGUGAACUGCCAUGUGAGAAUCCAGUUGAACAUUGUAGAAUAUUCAUCUCCUUCCCCUGCUCCAGUGCUCUAACACACACAAAAAAAAAAAACAAACAAACAAACUUACUAAUCAGUUACUAAAGAGUUCCCUGCACACCAAGAAUGUGCUGAGUGUCUGCCACCUCCCAGAGUUCUUCACUACUGUGUUGGAGUAAAUAAAAAUAGCAUACCGUGUAAUGAACACAUACUCCAUGCCAGGAAUCAUGAAUCAUGCAAGAUCCAUUCAGUUACCUAUAAUCAUCCCAGAAAAUUAGAAAAUAGUGUCAGCCUAUUUACACAUAUUUGAUAAAAGGACAAUCAAGGCACAGUGUAAGUAUGCAAUUUCUCCAGCACCCUACAGUUGACAAGUGUCAGAAUCCAUGAGUUUUCAAGACCCGUGUCCAAGUUCUUUUUACAAUAUGCACUAGUAAGAGCUGGGUAAAGCCUUAUCCCCUGAAAAAAGACUAAUGCAAAUGCUUCUUUGAAAUGUUUGCCACUGUCCUUCCUGAAAGUCCUAGCUAUCCUAAUGUAAAAAACACAUAUUUUCACAAGCUGAGACACCUAUUCUCUCAUUGAGUUGUUCCUAUUCUAAAACUACCCAACUAGUGUUGCAAUAUAAACAGUAAUGUCUCUUUUCAUGGCAUGUUUAUAAUCCAGUUGGCUACUAGAUGCAUCACCCUAAUGAGAGGGGCACUGUGAGUUUUGGGGGAGUGUUUUUUGGCUAAGCAGUUGGGAGUCAUCAGGUUUGGGCAGUGCCAAGUUGCUUGGUCUGAUAGGAGAAUUUACAGCAGCAGGUUGGGAGAGAAGAGGAGUAGACAAACAAGAUGACAGAAGCCCUCAUGUUUCAAGAUGUGCUGUACCAGUCUUAACUUUGGAUAGUCAAGUUAUAGGCAAAUACAUGAUGUAGACAAAGUUCUUGUUAGAGCAAAUGAAAAGGGAUGUUCAGAUACUAGUAAUAAUUGCCCUACAUGUCAUAGGAUUCUGGGAAUCACUCUGUUUCAAAGAAGUGGGGGAAAAAGUUUUCAAAGAAGUUCACCAAGCUCAGAAAGGAGGGCUUCAGAUGACAUCUGGUGGAUACAUUUACUUAAUAUAACACACAGACAUGGGGAUAAAUUAGAAAAUUAAAGGUCCUUGUGGAAUUUUCCACAGGAAAGGAAUAAAGCCUCUCUUACCAAACUUUACUGUCAUUCACAGCGAAAGUCCUGAACAAAAUAGCAAACCAUACCCAGAUUAAGAAGAAAAGUAUCUUGCCAUAUCUGGAAAGUCACAGAAUUAAUAUCAGGAAUGUGUAGUAGAUUUUGAAAUAAAUAAGGAAAAAGACAUAAAAUGCCAUCCAGAAUAGAAUGUUUACUGCAAGAGAAGCUCAAAUUGCUAACAAGAAUAUGAAGAUUCCCCACCUCGUGAGUAAUCAAUAACAUAAAAAUUGACACCACUGGACCCACAAACUAGGCAGAUAGGAAAUACCAAAAACAUAGCAAGAAUGUAAAAGAAGGAUUUAGUAAGAGUGUAAACUGGUUCAGCCUGUGUCUCCUACAUUGCACUCUUACCAGGCUUCGUGAUCUGGAAGCUGACCUCACACUCUCACUCUGCUCCACAGCCAUGGGCAUCCUAGCACCACAGAUUCCGUAGGAUCAGGGAGUUCAGAAGUGAAUCCAUGCUAGGAAGCGGAGCAAAUGCUGUGUUACCUCCGUGGAAAUCUCUGCUUCAUCAAAAACACUAAAAUAGAGCUACACACUGAAACUUGUAAGAAACAAAACAAGAUUUAUAAAAUAAUACUAUUUAUAUAAACUACACAGAUACAAAAGAACAUCAUAUUUUACAUGAAGUUAUACAUAACCAAGGACAGAUAUAAAACACAGUAGACUGGGCACUUACGUGGAUGAGAUAAAGAAAACAAAAGGGCCCAAAAGGCUAAUUUUUGCCACAAUAAAAUAAGGAGAAUAAUUACCUCAAGUUCCCAUAUCUGAGGUCUGCUCCCUCACAAAACUGACAGGUGUUGACCAUCUGGUAACUACUUCUUUUUUGAAACACCCAUGUUAUACAAUUCCCUCAUGAUAAUGAUCAUUAAAUGACUGAUUAACAGGGUUGUGGUGAGGCACACAAUCUCAAAAUCAGGUCCCAGAACCAGAGACGAAAUCAAGGAUAGUUAACUCUGCUAGUUACUCUUGAGUGUCCACUUUAUUGGCUUGAAAGUAAAGCAGACUUUUGAUUGUGUCUAGCUAGGUCAUGAGAGCACAACCUUGGAGAUCAUAUCUCAUCUCUGGCAACUUCCCGUCUGGCACUCUUUCCCUGUAUUCUGCUUCAGGGCCUCCAUAAAGUGACCAGUUUGCUCUCCUACCUUUCGUCUAUGAUGUUUCUACCUUGAUGCCAGCCAGCCAUGGACUGAAUCCUCUGAGACUGUGAGCAAAAUAAACCAUUUCCUCCUUCAAAUUAUAUAUGUCAGGCAUUCUGUCCUAGAAAUGGGAAAGCUGACCAGUACAAUGAUUAUGGGGAAGAAAAGAGAAAGGGUUGUAGAUCUGGCCUCAGAUCUACUCCAGGCCCACGGCACAUUGUAACCAUAUCCUCAGGGCUUGCUUCUGGACUUUGCCAUCCCUACUAUUAAAUCUUAGGUUCUCAAUAAGAAAAUACAUGAGAGAAAUUUCAGUAGGAUUCAGCUUCUGAUGCCACUCACUUUGGAUACAUAAUUAUUCCCUGAAAAAGCAGAGGAGCCAGAAAAAUAAGUCUACCAUCUGUCUCUCGUUUUUUUUUAAACAAUCAUCCUACCAGCUCCUAAGAAACCCUUCUCUGUGCAGCCAUGAAUCAGACCAGCUGAUUUGAAACCAUUACCAGAGAGAAUGAUGUGCCAGAAUCAAAGAGCAACUCUAACGUGUGAAGAAAUAUGGCAAAUAAAUUCUAGAAUAGUCUGACACACUAGGGACAUUGUGAUGCCACUGAUUUAUCUGAAUAAUGUUGAAUAUCACGAGUUAUUCGUCUAUCAUAAAAUGAAUCUCCACUUAAUUGUCUUUGGUUGAGACUUCACAUUGGUUGUUUGCCCAGGCACGACACUAUUUUGACCAAAAUUAUUCUUAAUCAUCUUGGCUGAGUAACAGUGUAGCCUGCAGGCAGUUUGAGAUGGCUCUCCAACAAUUCAUAGUUUAGAGAACAGAACUUGGUCUGCAAUGAAUUAAUUUUUCUCCUACAUUUCAGCACAUUUUUAUUCAAUGCUACCAUCAUUCGCUGUAGAAAGGUAUCUGGAGAAUAAAGAGUACACUAUGGGUACACUGAUGCCUUAAAAUAGCCAGAGCUGGGGUUGUAUUUUGAAGUUCUUUAGUGAACUAGUGCUGCGUGGGUAUAUCAUAAGGUUUCAGAGCUACAGAAGACAAUUUAUUUUGAACAUCUAUCAAAAGUAGGCAUGAUUCUGACCAGUCUAAAUUACUAUGGAUUACAAGCAAGACUAAAAAUGUAUUGGUACAAAUUUUCCCUCCAAAAUAGUGAUUACAAGCUAUAUAUUUACAAGAAUUGAUGACAUCCAGCUUGUCAUAAAAAUCAAGGGCAAUCAGUCUCCUGGAAUCCAGUGUAAUCUUUCUUUCCCA